AAGCCGGGGUAAUUCGUCGAUCCUGGGGUUGUUGGGACACUCUAUGGUAGUGAUAUCAUGUUUUAUACAUAAAUGAACCCUUUUGUCUGGCAUCUGAACUUGAUUCAAGCAACUCAUCUUUCUCGGUAUUUCUUAUUAGCAAGCAAUUGCUUUCAAACGGCAUAGAAUACCUCUACCUUGUUCAUAUUCACAUCAAUACAGCCACAAUGCCUGAGAAGAAAAAGUCACCCGUCUACGUCCUUGGCGUGGGCAUGACCAAAUUCAUCAAACCCCGUGGCAAAGUCGACUACACUGAACUCGGUUUCGAAGCCGGCAUCAAAGCUCUUCUCGAUGCCCAAAUCAACUACGAUGAUGUUGACCAAGGCGUUGCAUGCUACUGCUACGGCGACAGCACAUGCGGCCAGCGCGUCUUCUACCAAUUCGGCAUGACCCAAAUUCCCAUCUACAACGUCAACAACAACUGCUCAACAGGCAGCACUGGCCUUAACAUGGCUAGAACCCUCGUUGAGCAUGGCGCUGCUGACUGUGUCAUGGUCGUGGGCUUCGAGAAGAUGGCCGCGGGCAGUUUGCAGAGUAACUUCAAGGAUAGAGAGAAUCCUAUCGGUACUACAGGAAAGAUGAUGGCUGAGACGAGGGGUGUCACGAACGCUCCUGGGGCUGCUCAGAUGUUUGGUAAUGCUGGAAGAGAGUAUAUGGAGAAAUACGGAGCAACGGCUGAGGACUUUGCAGAGAUUGCACGCAUCAACCAUGCUCACUCACCCAAGAACCCCUACUCUCAGUUCCAACAAGUCUACACCAAGGAGCAAGUCCUCCAAUCCCCCAUGAUUCAUGAACCUCUCACCAAACUCCAAUGCUGCCCAACUUCAGACGGCGGCGCAGCAGCCAUUAUUGUAUCGGAAGCUUUCCUCAACGCUCGUCCUCAUCUGCGAGAACAGGCCGUCGAGAUCGCAGGUCAGCACCUCGCAACUGACGCGCCAAGUCUCUUCUCCGAAAGCUCUAUUGAUCUGAUGGGCUAUGAGAUGACGCAGCGUGCUAUGAAGGAAGCUACUCAACAAGCUGGUAUUUCACCUCGUGAUUGUCAGGUUGUGGAGUUGCAUGAUUGUUUCAGUGCAAAUGAGAUGAUCACUAUUGACGCUCUGGGUCUUUGUGACAAGGGUAAAGCACAUGAGCUCGUUCGUGCAGGAGAUAUCACCUACGGAGGAAAAUACGUCAUCAACCCUUCGGGUGGUCUUAUUUCCAAGGGUCAUCCCCUCGGCGCAACAGGUAUCGCACAAUGCGCUGAGUUAGUCUGGCAUCUUCGAGGCUGGGCAAACAACCGUGCUACGCCCAACACACGAUACUGCCUUCAGCACAAUCUCGGCCUUGGAGGUGCAGCGGUGGUUACUGUUUACAAGAGAGCAGAUGGAGGAGUUGCCCAGGCUGUGAACUCGACUAUGGUUGGAAAUAGGAACAAGUUGGGAUAUAAUCCUGCUGUUGAGGCCAAGGGAUUCACGCAGGAGCAGGUUGAUUUGGUGAGGAGUAAGAAGAAUAGGAGUGAGUGGGCGUUGCAGGAUGUUGAGAAGAAGGUCGAGGCGAGGUUUUGAGAAGAGUAAGUGAUGCUGUUGGAAAGAUUACCCAGGUAGUUAAUGUGAUGGAAUAAAUACUUAUCAUGAAUAUACCUACUGCUGUCCCACUCAGUACAAACCUGCACUUGAUACGCCACAGACACAAUUCUUGAGGAUGUAUGUAACAUAUCAACCUAGAACCUCGGGAUUCGGAAGAUGUAGAAUAG